CGGCGUCGGGAUUGCUUGUCAUGAUACUGACCAAGGGAUGAGGUCACCGGAGUGCUCGAUCGAAACAAAGCACGUCCCUGCGUGUCAUAUCGAGAUUAGCGGUCCGUGAGGUCCAUAUAUAUACUACAUACCCAGACGCUACUUUUAUGCAUGUCCUUCCAUAAGGCUGGCUUGGCAAUCUCAAGGCUCAGGACUUCUUCAUUUUGGUACUUUGCCAUGACGAAAGGUUCAAACCCGCCAAAAUAUCACAAUGCCGUCAUCAUCGAGGAUACAUCGAGGCGCAUUCUCGAGGGAUGGGUGGAAAAGUGGACGAGUCUUCGAUCGGACAUAAAUACCGCCGUUUCGGCGAGAAACAGAAAUCCACCAGUUCCCAGCUGAGCUCGAAUUGAACAACGAUACUCUCACUUUGCCCACCUCAAACCACUCGCUCACCAUGCUUUCCAACCUCCUUCUCUUCAUUGCCGCCGCCAGUGCCGCGGCCGUCCCCUCCCUCGAGGCCCGCGCAACUCCCGAGGCAAUCGUGACCGCCUGGAGGCAAGGCUGCGGCAACUACGAAUGCGGCACCGACCUCGGCUGUUCAUACGGGACGACGUACGGGGAAGGGUUCCCCUCGAACCAGGAGGAGUGCUACGCCGUGGGAUACGGGUACAACUCGCUGCAGUUGAACGUGCUGGACGAGAGCGACAACUGGAGCGUCGAUGUCUUCUCCGGUGAAGGGUGCAACAACCCGGUCGGCACUGUCUCCAAGAACUCGUGCUAUUUGCAGCCUGUCGGCCAGAUCAUCGUCAGCUUCCGAGCGCGCCGGUUGUAGACGGGAUGGGCUUUGCGGUGGAAAGGAUCAGGUGGUUUGGAUCGGGCUUGGGGGGAGGACGAUGUGACAAACCACGACGUUUGUGGGCUCGGCGUGGUCCUGCUGGGAUCACCCACCACGUCGCUUUCAUCCGCCGGAUGUAUCAGGUUUUCGAUCGUUUUGUCUUUACUUCAUAUGCAAAUGCCUGAGCUGUCGUUGUUCUCGAGAGGACAUGUCGGGGAUCACCCCUUCUCCCGCUAUUUCUGUGCAAUCCGUCGUCACCGUGAGACACAGAGGGACCAGCGUGUAUUCCUAGGAUAUAAUGAACCA